AUUCCGCUAUUACAUUAACCCAAGCACUGAGGCCGUGGCAGCAUAAGAACAAAAUGAGCAAGCAACCACCAGGGUUGAUCAUAGGCCAGAAAGGCGUCCAGUAUGGACUGCAAAAAGUAGCACCAAAAAAGCCCGGUGCCGCAGCUAGAGCAGCAGGCUCCGUGGCUCAGCGCAAAGCGGUACCAACCAACGUCUUUGGUGAUGACGACUCAGAGGAGGAGGAUGUGGAGCGCCAAAUUGCUCGACAGGCCGACAAGAAACGCGCCGCGGCGAAGGUGCAGCAGCAGUAUGCGGAGGCGCUAGCGCAGGACCCCUCCGUGUUCGACUACGACGGCACCUACGAUGCGGAGGCUCGCGCCGCGCCCAAGCAGCAGGAGAAGGUGCAGCGGCAGAGCAAGUACAUCGCCUCCCUGCUGGAGCAGGCGCAGCAGCGCAAGCGGGAGCAGGACGUGUUGUACGAGCGGCGCAUGGUUCGCGAGCGGCAGCAGGAGGACCACCUGUUCGAGGACAAGGAGCGUUUCGUGACGUCGGCAUACCGGCGCAAGCUGGAGGAGGACCAGAAGUGGCAGGCGGCGGAGCGGCAGAGGGAGCUUGAGGAGCAGCGAAACGACGUACGAAAGGUGGGGCAUAUGGGCAACUUUUACGCCAACCUACUCACGAAGAAUGUGGCGUUCGGCGCAGCAAAGCCCGGCAGCAGCGACAGCAGCCAGCCGCAGCAGGAGCAACAGCAGGAGCAGGGCGCUGCGGGGGCGGGCACAGCAGGUGGUGAGGACGUGCGGAGAGCGGCGUCAGCUGAGCGCGAGGGAGCAGCAGCGGAAGGAGGAAGAGGAGGAGCAGGAGGGACACCGACGGCAGAAAGGGAGCGCUCAGCAUCGCCCUCGGCAGCCCCCUCCGCCAAGGUGUUGGCCCAGCUGGACCGCUACGACCUGCUGCGGCUGGAGGCGGAGCGGGCGCUGCGGGAGAAGAAGAGCAGGGAGCAGCAAGGGCAGCCGCAGGGGCAUGACGGGCGACAAGGGGAUGGCUUGGCGCAGGAGAGGGAAGGGCCGG